AUGCAGAAGCUUGAUGAUGUGGACCAGACUGAACAACCAAGCACUACCUCUACCUCUGUUCCAGAUGGUAAUGACAUUGAGAUAGAUUUUGUAGAUGAAAAAAAUGAGGAAGAAUUUGAUGAGGAGUUUGAUAGCAUUAUUGAAGCCAUUUCACAGGAGGAGGAUUAUGAUGAAGUUAAAAUUCCGGACAAUUUUUCAAUAGAUACUGUUUUACAGUCACUGAAAUAUACAAAUGUUUUCACAGAAUCACAAAUGAAAGUGAAUCAUAUACUUGACAACAUAUCCCAGUUUAGAAAGGAUGUGAAAGGAGCAUAUAAAGUUAAGAAAACAAUGGCACAUCGCAAACAAGUUAAAGUUUCAGAAUGUAAAACAGACACUAAAAAACAAAGUAAGAAGAAAAAAAAAGAUGCUGAAACUCCUUCAACUAGUACUGACUUAGCAGUCACCAUUGAUACACCUUCAACUUCCACAGUCAGUGCUGAAAUAGUUUUAUGUAAAGUGUGCCAGCUUGAUCAUGAAAAUGAUGACUGGAUACAGUGUGAUAAAUGUAAUGGCUGGUUUCACAGAGUUUGUGCAGGACUGAAAAAUACAAGAUGGUGGAAAAAGUAUAGUGCGGAGGGAGCAAAUUGGAUUUGUAAAGUGUGUAAAAAAAAGUAA